AUGAGGACUGGCGUCAAACGCUCUACGUCAUCACAUUCUGAACCAUCACGUCGUUAUCAUAAUUUACUCUAUAUUCCACUCGAAUCGGGAUACGAAUCAUCAUCAGGUAUUUCAGCGUCAUCGUCAACAACUCUUGCUCCCAUUGAAUAUGUUAUCUAUCCGAUCGGUCUACGAAAGGAUCAAGUGCGAAGACUGGAAGAUGACUAUCAACGAUUUACUCACAUCUAUCAAAACAUCUUGAUACGUUUGGAUAAACUCGAAUCACUUCUAUUGGAUGCUGAACGCGUUCUUGAUUUGACUAGGAUAUCGCAAGUUCAAGAGGAACUACGUAGUGUGAGAACUCAGCUUGAUGAAAUUCUCAAUCUUGGCCAAGAACUUGUGUCCAAAAGUGAAAAAUAUAGUCGACUCGUCGCUCCUGAUAUCGAAACAAUCACACGAAAAUUCGAAGAAUUACAACGUCGUAUUCAAAUUAUUCAGGAAACACAGGAAAAACGUACACACGAAGAACAACAACAACAACAACAACAUACGUCGACCACGACGACGACCACAACGAAUAAUAUUCCAGUAGAUCAAUCCGAUGGUGUUCGUCAAGAAUAUUAUUCAGAAAAACGAUACAAUCGUACAGAACGUAAAACACAUCACCGUUCACCAUCGGAAUCCUCAGAUAUCAGUACAGCGCACGGUGUUAUUGAUGAUGAUUUUAAGAAAAAAUACUUACGCUGUCUGGCUUACAUGAAGUUAAUCGAACGUUUAUAUGAAAAUCAAGAAGAUAGUGAUGAAGAUUCUGAUACGAAACAUCGGAGAUUAUCUAGACGAGAUCGCACGAUUCGUGAUCGACCGGAAUAUGAAGAAAUCGAAAGAAUCAUACGCGAAACAGAAGAACGAGCUUACAUCAUCGAAAAAACUGAUGUUGAACAAGCACGUCGUAUACGAGAGAAAAUCAAUCGACUCCGAGACUGUUUGGAAAGUCUCAAAUCUCGUUCUGAUCAUUAUCAAAAUGGUGAUGAAGUUUUUCGAUAUAACGAACGAUAUGAAGAACAUGUUCGUACCGCUGAGAGAACAGUACCAAAAGAGCGGGAGUUCGAUUCCGACUUUAUUUUUGAUAUUGACGAUACUCGUUCAGUGAUAAGCGAACCAGCACCACAUCACAACGCGAAGUAUCGUAAAACAGUACACUCACUUGAACGUUACAGAACGGAUGACAAUGCACGUUAUAUUCCAUCUCAUGAAGAUUAUCAACUGCAACCAUUAUUACGUGUACGAAGUUUGAAAGCUAUUGAUCAUCGCACAUUAAGUGCACCAUCAUCACCUAUUCUACAGCCACGCUAUCGUUCAUACGAACGUUCUAAUGUUCAAUACACAAAACAAUCAUCAAAUCAACAAGGCUAUCAAGAUAACUGUCAAAGUUCAAUCUCGAAAUCAGCCAGCAUGCCCAAUGGUGGCUUUCCAUUACAACAAAAUCUUUUACCAUAUCCACCUCCACCACCCAAUUUCUAUCCAAAUCAACCGAUGACUUAUCGUGAACGUAUAAUUGAUAAACACGUUGCUGAACGAAGUACAUCGCGCGGUGAAUCUCAUCGACAACAUCAUCAAGAAUCCAGUGGUCACACUCAACAACAACAAGCGCGCUCGGCUAGUGCCAGUGGACAAACACAGACAUUGAAUCGAACGAUACCUGUUCGAUAUGAAAGUUCAAAUACGAAUGCUACACUUGCAUCAUCGAACAGCUUUCGUCAAAUGAAUGCCAGCAAUCACGAAGAACAUCCCUCUUAUUUUCAUAGCGAACAUCAAGGAAGUAGUAGUAACGCAGGCGGUGGUGCAUACCGUCAACAAUAUUUUGAACAACAAACACAUUCGCCCCAGACGGUUGGCCGACAUCCAACACGUAUUGCCAAUUAA